GCAGAGGCCCCCCUCGAAAGAAUGGAGAAAUGUGUUGGGAUUUUUGAGGCGUUCAUGCAGAGAAACAAGAGGACAAUUUAGGGUUCUAUUAGUUUAUGCCUUCCCAUGUGUCUUUUCCAGAGAGAAAGGGAUAGUUACGGAGAGGAGAAAGGAAGUGCAUUAAGGGAGGACAAAAGGCCCUGGCUCUUGCUUUAGGGCUAAAGUUUAUGCUUUCUUCUAUGAUAAAGAAAGAUUUAGGGUUUUACUCUUCGAGUGCUAAGAUUUUGGGGUUUUGAGAGGUGGGGGGGUGUUAAAGAUGUGCUUUAAGGCUAACAAAGGGCAGAAUUUUUCUGGGUCCAUUGUAUUUAAUGCGGUGGAUCAUGAUUUGGAGACCCAUUUGCCUCAUUGUUGAAGUGGAAUGGUCUAAGCUCUGAUGCAGAGCGUGCUCCAAAAAGGGAUUUCCCACCUAAGUCAAUCUGCGCAACAGUGUGCCUUUAUUUGUUGCUUUGAGGACUGAAUCUUUGGAGCCACAUUGUUCAUUUGGAAGGGGCAAGGCAAAAGAUGCCCAACUUCUCAAGGUCUGAUUUCUGAAAGUGACUUCGUGUAGUUUAUUUCAGUCAUUUAUUGCCUGGACUAAAUCUGCUCAGCUGAAUGUGUUCCUUGUUGAAGAAGUGCUUUCUGACAGAGCAUUUAAUGAUAUAGAGGCCAUCUCUUUUAGCUCUGUUUCUGGUCUCCCAUAGAUUCUGUCUUCUGCUUACCCCAUUGAUUCAUCUGUGUGAAUGUUUCUGUGUGUGAUUCAUCCGUUUUGAGUUGUCUUGAAGAAAAUGUUGUUGGGUUGUGCAUUAGGCUGUUGAAUGGUCUGUAGCCUUGCUGGAUUUCUGUAAACUCUUGAUUCAAGGGCUUGAGAAAUCAUUUUGUUUUGUGUGAUUCUUCUUUCCAGAAAGUUGCCUAUAGCUCUUCUAGCAUUGAAGAAAUAUUGUUGGUUUGUGCAUAAUGCUGUUGAAUGGUCUGUAAACUGCUGGAUUUCUGUAAAAUUUGUAUUCUAGGGCUUGAGAAAUCAUUUUGGCCUUUCUGGUGGACUUACAUCUUAGUUGGAGGAGACCGUCCUUUGGGUUUGAAAUGAAGCUAUUUAGGCUUUUGCUGGUGUUCCUGUUUUCUGUUCAUGCCGCGGGACAGCUUCCUUCACAGGAUAUUAUGGCACUGCUUGAAUUCAAGAAGGGAAUAAAGCAUGACCCAACGGGUUAUGUGCUUAAUUCUUGGAAUGAGGAGUCCAUCGAUUUCAAUGGCUGCCCUUCUUCUUGGAAUGGGAUUGUUUGCAAUGGUGCCAAUGUUGCUGGUGUCGUCCUUGAUGGCCUGGGUUUGUCGGCUGAUGCGGAUUUGACUGUAUUUUCAAACCUCACAAAGCUUGUCAAGCUUUCUAUGUCAAACAACUCAGUAAGGGGAAAAUUGCCAAGCAAUAUAGGUGACUUGAAAAGCCUUCAAUAUCUAGAUUUGUCAGACAAUCUGUUCUUCUCAUCUUUACCUCUGGAAAUUGGUAAAUUAGGGAGCUUAAUGAACCUCUCAUUGGCUAGGAACAAUUUCUCUGGCUCUAUUCCGGAAUCAAUUUCAGGGCUUACCUCAAUCCGGUCUCUGGACUUGAGUCGCAACUCUUUUUCCGGGUCACUUCCGUCUUCGUUGAGGAAACUGACAAGUUUGGUAUCACUUAAUCUAUCUCUUAAUGGGUUCACGAAGAAUAUUCCAAAAGGGUUUGAGCUACUGCCCAAUCUUGAGGUGCUUGACUUGCAUAGCAAUAUGCUUGAAGGGAACCUGGAUGAACAAUUCUUACUUCUUACAACUGCAGUUCAUGUUGAUUUUAGUGAGAAUAGCCUUGUAACUUCUGGUUCAUCGCAGCAGAAGUUUCUCCCCGGUAUCUCAGAGACUAUUCGGUACUUAAAUCUUAGCCAUAAUAAGCUUAGAGGAUCUCUUGUGAGUGGGAGUGAGGCUCAGAUAUUGGGGGACUUGAAGGUGUUAGAUUUGAGCUACAAUCAGCUGUCUGGGGAGUUGCCUGGAUUUAAUUUUGUUUACGACCUUGAGGUUCUCAAGCUCAGCAACAACAGAUUUUCUGGCUUUGUGCCUAAUGGCCUUCUGAAAGGAGAUUCAUUGGUUCUAACAGAAUUGGAUCUGAGCGGCAACAACCUAUCAGGGCCAAUAAGUAUUAUUACAUCAACAACUUUGCGUGUGCUUAAUCUCUCCUCAAAUGGACUCUCUGGUGAACUUCCAUUGCUGACAGGAAGCUGUGCGGUGCUUGAUCUGUCAAGGAACCAAUUUGGAGGAAAUUUAACUGGGUUGGUAAAAUGGGCAGACAUUGAAAUCCUUGAUCUUAGCCAAAAUCGUUUGACGGGGCCAAUCCCCGAGGUAACUUCACAAUUUCUGCGUCUAAAUUACCUGAACCUCUCUCACAAUCUUCUUAGUGGUUCACUCCCAAGAGUUAUUACUCACUUUCCGAAACUUACAGUCCUUGAUCUCACUUCCAACCAGUUAGAAGGACCUCUUCUAUCUGCCUUGCUGACAUCUACAACUUUGCAAGAACUACAUCUCCAAAACAAUCUGCUUGCUGGUAAUAUUGAUUUCUCUCCUUCCUUCCCCAUUGAGACCCAUCUUCAAUUUCUUGAUCUUUCACAUAACCAAAUUAAUGGCUACUUUCCUGAUGGAUUUGGGUCAUUAACUGGACUUAGAGUGUUAAAUCUUUCAAAGAAUAACUUAUCUGGUUCUCUGCCGACCUCCAUGGCUGACGUGAGUUCCCUGAGUUCAUUAGAUAUCUCCCAGAAUCAUUUCACGGGCCUGCUGCCAAAUGGCCUGUCAAACAAUCUUGAAAGCUUCAAUGCUUCAUACAAUGAUCUCUCUGGAGUUGUCCCAGAAAAUCUGAGGAAGUUUCCGGCAUCUUCUUUCUACCCUGGAAAUUCCAAAUUAAGAUUUCCAAACAGUCCUCCUGGAUCAGGCCCUGUUACCUCUGGAAAUCCCAAGAAGAAACCUAUAAAAAAUCUAAUCAAAGUGAUAGUGAUAGUUGUAUGUGUGGUGGUUGUGAUCAUCUUGAUCCUACUUGCUGUCUUGAUACAUUACAUUCGCAUGUCAAAGAGACCUCCACAACUUGUUUCAAACAAAGGCAUCCACCGACGCCCCGCAUCAAAUCCGUCUGCCUUUAGUGGAAGGGACAGUGCUGGCCCUUUAGUUGUGUCAGCUGAGGAUCUUAUGACCUCACGAAAAGGGUCUUCAUCUGAGAUAAUUAGUCUGGACGAGAAAAUGACCGCCCUAACUGGAUUCUCUCCAUCAAAAAGCAGUCAUGUGUCUUGGUCACCUGAGUCUGGGGAUUCACAUACUGCAGAAAACCUUGCAAGACUGGAUGUUAGAUCUCCUGAUAGAUUGGCUGGUGAGCUGUAUUUUCUUGAUGAUACAAUUUCACUGACCCCAGAGGAAUUGUCUAGGUCCCCAGCUGAAGUGCUGGGGAGGAGUAGCCACGGGACUUCUUACAAGGCAUCGCUUGAUAAUGGUGUUUUCUUGACUGUAAAGUGGUUGAGAGAAGGGGUUGCAAAACCAAGAAAGGAUUUUGCAAAAGAGGCCAAGAAAUUUGCAAAUAUCAGACAUCCAAAUGUGGUUGGCUUGAGAGGGUACUAUUGGGGCCCUACGCAGCACGAGAAGCUUAUUCUGUCAGAUUAUAUCUCACCUGGAAGUCUUGCAAGCUUCCUCUAUGAUCGACCAGGAAGAAGGGGUCCGCCACUGUCCUGGGCACAAAGGCUCAAAAUAGCGGUUGAUGUUGCACGCGGCCUGAACUAUCUCCAUUUUGACCGCGCCAUGCCUCAUGGCAAUAUUAAAGCAGCAAACAUACUUUUAGACGGCACUGAUCUUAAUGCCCGAGUAGCUGAUUACUGCCUGCACCGCCUCAUGACCCAAGCCGGGACCAUUGAACAGAUACUCGAUGCAGGGGUAUUGGGUUACCGUGCGCCGGAAUUGGCUGCUUCCAAAAAGCCACUGCCCUCCUUCAAGUCUGAUGUCUAUGCCUUUGGAGUGAUCUUGUUGGAAAUUUUAACCGGCAAGUGUGCAGGCGAUGUGGUUUCAGGUGACGACAGCGGCGUGGACUUGACGGACUGGGUGCGGCUGAGGGUAGCAGAGGGCCGGGCAUCCGAGUGUUUUGACACAACGUUGAUGCCCGAGAUGGCGAAUCCGGGAGCAGAGAAGGGUAUGAAGGAGGUGCUAGGAAUAGCCUUGAGAUGCAUACGGUCAGUUUCGGAGAGACCGGGCAUUAAAACCAUAUAUGAAGAUCUUUCGUCUAUAUGAUAUCUUGAUCAUGUUUUUGUUAUGGGGAAAUCAAACAGCUCGUUGGCCUCCCCUUUCGUGGUUUUCAGGCACUCUCAAUUGUGAGUGAUCAGCCAAUUUUGUUAAGUGUUAACCAUUAAUUAUAAUUGUUGUAAAGCUGGGGGGCACAUUGCUGUGUGUACAGACCACCCACCCUCCCUCCCUCCCAAUCCCAUAUUGCCAUGCUUUUGAUUUGAAUCACAUCUACGUAGGCCUUUUCAUUUGAA